CAAACCUACGACGACGGCGGUGACGACGACGACGACGACGACGACGACGAAAUGUCCAAACAACGACGAUUCGGUCAACACGAACCAUGUUAUAGACAUCCGAUAAAAACAUAGACGAGCGCGUUAUCUGCGAGCCUAAAGGUCGUUCGUCGUCGUCAACAAAUUGUUGUUGUAACACUAAUGCUGCUCACCAUAGUCCAAUAACGUACAAUAACAUUUUACGGUUGUCGCCACACAAAGGAUCGUGGAAAACAAUGUACAACCGUUGUUAUGAUAUUAUGAUGAUGUUGCCGUCGAUUUCGAAUUCGUUACCAAAAGUAAAUUGGAGAGAACCGACGGUACGCCAAGUACGCGAUACAAUUAUUCGGUGUUACGUUCAUUAUACAGGUACUCAUUUGUACGUCCGCGCGCUAAUCGUGAUGUUAUCGCAGUCGUCGCGGUCGUUAUCAAACGGCAAACAAUACGGCAGCUGGCUCGGCGUGAUAAGAACUUGUCGUUCACCGACUGCCGACGGCGACGUCCGGAUGGACUCCACCACGAACGGAGAUUCGACCGUGAUGCAGAUUGUCCGGCCGCAGAGCCCUGGGAACGACGUGGUUGUCAUGCCGGACGACCCGUUCGUUCCGAGUUACAGCGUCAGACUGCCCAACGGUACCGGCUACAUCGUUGGCAACAUCGGGCCCCAGGAAGAAAACGCGAACGGACGACCGACAGACGGAGACGGGCCACCGGCCCGAAUGGGCGAACCGAUCCCGUGGAACGGGUACCAGGCGUCCCGCGAUUUUCUGGACUCCAUCCUGAUUCAACCGAAGAUGUGGUUCCGGGACGAGGACGGGUUCCCGAUCGGCAAGGCCACGUGCAACGCCACUUUCGUCGUCAAGCUUCCGUUGGGAGCGCCCAGGAACACCGGUAAUCCGCUGCGUAUCAGCCAUCGGUCGAUCGUGGACCAACCGUACUGGUUCCCGUCGUUGAGAUGGAACCGCGUGUGGCCCGUGAACGGCUAUUACAAACGUUUCGCCGCGAGCUAUUACGUGAACUACUUGGACAGUUUGUACAGCGUCGCGCGCGAAGACGAGGCGACCUCGGCACUGGUACGCGAGAUGCGCACCGCGCUCAAACACAGCGACUCGUCCAACUGGUUGCACUUGGUCGUGAUGACGGCCAUGCUGCACCCGCACCCGCAAGACUACGGAGCCCUGACCGCGCGACUGGACCACGGCCAGCUGCCGGGCGCGGACUCGGUGCGGCGCGCGACGCGCCUCGUGCUGGGGCCGCACGGCAUUGCCCGAGGUUGGACCCGAACCGUGCCGAACAUCGCGUACGUGAUGCUGACGGCCGACGGCCAUGUGCCGCGGCACUGGUGCCCGGACCCGGGCUCGGACGGUGGAAGUUCGUACGACCCGGACUCGCCGGGCGUCGAGGACGAGAACGAAGACGCGGCCGGGUCCGGUGCCGGAUGGGCGGGCAGCGACACGUCCAGCCACGCGUCCGGCGACGAGCUGCAUCCGGACGGCCGGCUCCAUGUACUGGGACCGCGGUACGGUCUGUCGCGGCGGGAGCGCGGCCAGCUGAGGGAGUUCGACGCGUACGCCCGGUCGUUCCACAACAGUCGACGUACGCGCCGGUCGGCCCGACACGCCAGGCGCGAUGUCCGGUCGCGGUUCUGUCCGGUGCGCCGGGAACGCGAGCCGGCCUACGACCAGGAGGCGAGGUGUGCCGAGACGUCGGCUGCUCGGUGCGCGCGGAAACUUUGCGAGGACCGUUGGCUCGCGGACCGCGCUGAGGCGGCGCGCGCGUGCAAGAGGCGUCGCGAUGCACGUCGGUCGGCGGCCAAAAUCUUGCGCGUCGCCGAACAUCCGAUCGCCGAGCUGACGCGCAGUCGGUUCCACGAGUUCCGGCAGCAGCUCAGCGAGCAAGUGUUCACCACUUGGAAACGGUACUACGGCGUCUCCAUAGAAGAACCGUUGCACCUGCGGUGUUGGAUGUCGCCGAUCCGAUGGGUGCAGCAGACGGGUCCCAACUGUGGACUAGCAGUACUGGCCAUGGCCGCACGACCUAUCUUGGGUUUUGAGGUGGCAGUUAAUGGUGCCGCAGCCAAUAAUGUUUGUGACAGUUAUAACAAGUUAAAAAAUACUAACCCCACAAACGAUGCAGUGGAAGAAGCCCUGAUACAGAACAUAAAAAAAAAUUGGUCUGAAUUCGUUGGAGAUCAUACGUCUUUGCCGGAAAUACUUAAUCCGCCCACCAUAAAUCAAUUGCAACUAGACGCCAUCAAUCACGGAUACACGGCUCGCGGAGAAAUGUUCAGCGCUCUAGCCAUGACUGUGAUAGCGGAUAAACACCAGGCUGGCCGAUACAAAGCAUGGUUGGUGGAACGCGAUUUGUUAAACGACCCAACCCCUUCGACCUCUAAGUAUGACAACGCGCGCAAUGCGAGAGACGAUUCAUUCCAAAGCGAUCAAACGUCUAUGGACAAACACCACGAGCGACUAACCGUUCGGCCGAACGACCCGUUGUGGUCGGUGGAUAUAGUGCAACUAUUGAUCCGUGGUCAUCUGAUAGCAGUUUGUUUUGAUUGUGAUAAAAGCAUGAUGCCGAAUGCAACAGACGGUGGAAGUAAAGCACAUUGGGCACUUCUCUGUGGUGUGAUUAUUGGCCAGCCGUAUAAGAGUAAUAUGAUAACUCAAACCCGCUUAUCAUCAGCCCACGUCAAUAAGCCAUCCCUACCGCCAUCAACAUCAAACCGUUCCUAUAGCUCUGACCAUAAAUACUGGAAUGACGAUAUAAAAAAGGACAUUAAUCACGUGUGGGUAAUCGCCCGACACGGUAAAUCAGGUAAUAAGUACGCGAUUUGGUCGCUAAAAGAAUUAGUCGAUAGCAACCGACAACUUCGAAGACCUGCGGAUCGGAUUAUGAGAGCCAUAAGGUUAAAGAACCAAGAGGGCCGAGAACGACACGGUGUAGACACAACGAAAGAUAAAAUAAUAAGCCAUCAAGUGGAACGAAAUCUCGGAGACGUGGACCCCGACGGGUUUAACAUACUGGAAAAUAAUGAAUGGGACACAGGUGAUCCCUUGUCUAUAUUAACAGAGGCAGAUUUAUUAUCCCUAUUAUCGCCGCCGCCACCGCCACCACUAUCGCUAAUGCCGCUGUCACCGCUUGAGCCACCGAAGCCGUCGGUGUGGUCAUCCUCGAUGUGGUCAUCGCUACCACCAUCGCCGCCACCGCCACCACCACCGCAGCCAUCGAUGUGGUCAUCAUUACCACCACUGCCACCGCCACCACCGAUGUGGUCAUCAUCAUCACCACCGCAAUCGCCGCUACCGGCAUGGUCAUUACCAUCACUGAUGUGGUCAACACCACCAAUGAUGAGGUCAUCACCAACACCGAUGUGGUCAACACCACCACCGUCGUGGUCAUCACCAUCACCGAUGUGGUCAACACCACCACUGGUAUGGCCAUCACAACGACCGACUUGGUCAACACCACCACCGCCGCCGCCGCCGCCGCCGCCACCGCCACCACCUUUACCACCUCGAUCGAAUCAGUUGCAAACGAUGGAAUUGAUCAAAGAAGAUAUCAGUGAAGUAUCAUGGUUCGUCUUGCCCGAAGGCGAAAAUCUUCAGUCAUGUCUUGCUCGUAGGUACAUCUCAUUUGAACCGGUCCGACAGCCAAAAAUAGUGUCUUCCAGUACAAAGCACUCGGCAUUUAAGUCGGUAUCUGACCCGUUGGCCCCCGUUUCGUGUUACUUCUCGUUCAAAUGGCAGUCGAAGCUUGAUCAGCCGGAGGUCGUGCCCAUCACGGAGACCGUGGAAGUAACAUCAUCGGACGAGUGCCAAGAGACGCAUUCUCCGAAGCCGUUGUCCAAGCGGCGGAAAUCUCGGCAGCAGCGAGACAAGCGGCACCACCAACGCGAGCGGUCGGUCUCGACCAGUUCGUCGUCGGACGCUUCGGAACAUCAGCGGUCGCGGUCAAUCGCGCGUCGAAAUCGGAAGGAGAAACGUGCAUUGUCUCGGACACAGGUUCGCGGACCGUGGGCUGCGGUGCAGGACAGAAAUUUGGCAACUGAUCGAUCCCUUUCGCUCACCGCGCGACUACAAUCUCCACCACCCCCGUUGCCCCCUCGGCCCCCACCACCGACGCGAAAUUAGAGUGAUCUGAUCACAAGCCGUCCGUCCGUCAUCCCCAUCACCCGUUGUUUCUGAUUGUCGUGGCGAUUCAGACUAGUGGUGCCCUACCUGGAGGUCGCCAAAUAUUAUUAGGGGGUUGCCAAUGAUUUAAUGCCAAACGAAUAAUUUAUGUGUUUUAUUUUAUUUUAUUCAACUUUAUUCUUAAAUUUAGAUUUAUAACAUUUUAAUUU